GUGGGGGGAAGUAAGGGAAGGGAAUGGCAGAGGCGUCUCCCUGGGCUGGGCGCCGAGGGGUGACCCGGACGGGCCCUCCCCUCCCUUCCUCAUUUUGAUUUCUCUCCUCUGGAGGAAGUUAAAGUCCCUGGCCGGGUGAGGAGCUCCCAGUUCCCGGCGAGUGCUCCCGCGUGUCCGCGUGUCCGCGUGUCCGGCGCCCACCAUGAGACCCCUGGUCCUGCUGUGGGGCUGCCUCGUGCUUCCAGGUUAUGGAGCCCUGGUGGGCCCGAAGGAGAUCAGAGGAUUUGAAGGUGGUACUGUGUCCCUACAAUGCACCUACAGGGAAGAGCUGAGGAAAAACAAGAAAUACUGGUGCCGGAAGAGUGGGCUCUUCCUCUCACGCUGCUCUGACCCUAUCUACAUAGACGAUGGCCAGGAGAAGACAGAGGGCAGGGUGUCCGUCCAAGACAGCCCCCAGGAACUCACGCUUCACGUGACCCUGAGGAAGCUCAGGGUGGAGGACACGGGGAAGUACUGGUGUGGUGUCAAAAUACUGGGCUUGGAUGAGACUUUCCUGGUCUCUCUGAUAGUCCUUCCAGGUCCCUGCUGUCCUCCCUCCCCCACUCCUCCUUUCCAGCCUCUUGCUACAACAAGCCUCCAGCCCAACGCCAAAGCUUGGCAAACUCAGCUCCCAGAAUUGACUUCUCCUGGCCUCCACUCAACAGUCACCACAGACAAGCAGGGGAAGACAGAGGCCGAGGUCUUUCCGUUCCCAGAGACAGCCCCAUAUGACCAUGCAGGAAGCUCUCUAUACACAGGAACCUCUCCAUAUGCAGGGGCCUCUCCUCACGCAGCGACCUCUCCGAAUGAAGAGACCUCUCCUCACAAAGCAACCUCUCCUCAUGCAGGGACCUCCAGCCCAGCAACACAUCUGGAUGCCACCUCAACAGAGGACAACAGACUUGUCCCCGGCAGCAGCCGGUCCAAGUCCAGGAUGUCCCGCUCAGUGGUCCGAAACUUGGCGCCGGUCCUGGUGCUGCUGACCCUUCUGCUGGCCACAGGCCUGGCUGCCCUCGGCAGGUACAUGCUCCAGUGGAGGAAGAAAGCUCAACGAGCCAUGCAGACACAGAGGAAUGAGAAGGUCUACCUCUCACACUUGAAUCAGAAAUAGAGGCUCAGAGAGGACAAGUAAGCUGCCGACAGCAACCCAGCCUGAAAGAGGCAGAACGGGGAAAACUAACUGUGGUCUGUAGACUGGCUGCAACACCGUGCCUCUCCGCCACCCCACACUGAAGUACAAGGGAUUGAAGAAUGGAGCCAACUCCAAGCCCGAUACUCUUCCCCCAAACUCAGGACAAAGCACCAUCCUUGGUCCAUGAACACAGGACGGUCAUGGACCUGAAUCCUGGAAUAGCCCAGCUGGGAGUGCUGGGAUUAGGUCAGAACUUUACUGUCGAGUGCCUAAAAGCAGAGGCUCUCUUAUAUAUCUUGUAUAUUCUAGAACCCAGAAAAUGCCCCUGCACCUGCUGGAACAGUCCGCUUGUCCAAUGAUAGAUGGAGACCUGCACCAGACGUCGGGCAGUGGUCCUGGCUACUGCCUACGUGGAUAGUUUGAUCUCUGCCUCAUGAGGUUCCUUCCUUAAAUUCAGUCACCCUUGAGUAGGGGACACUUGUGUGGCUGAUGGUGGUCAGAGGUCAGUAGUGGCUGGGCUUUGACCCAAUCAUAAAGCUGUUAACAUGGGAUUAAUGGGAAAUGGACCUGAGUCCAUUCAGGAGUUCUCUGGUUAAUCCCAGCUCUGCCAUGGCCUCGUGACUGGCAGGGCUGGAGAGACAAAGGCCACGAGUCACAGCAUUUGUGAAAUCUCCUUUCCCCUUCCCCUAUUCCCUGUACCCUCAGACAUCCACCCCUGUCCCAUCCCCUGCAGCUAGGGUACUGAAAGAAGCAGGGGGUCCAGUGAGUAGACAGGUACAUGGAGACAGAGAAGUGUAUGACAUGCUCUGCCAGGAUAAUACAGUAAAAGAGUUUGGGUCUGAGGUCAAAUGGUCACAAGCUCAGUCACUCGCCAGUUGUGUGAUGCUGGCAAGCUACGUCACCUGUCUGAACCUUGGUUUUCCCACCUGACAGGGUUGUAGUUAGGAAAGAGUGAGAUGAGAGACCCCGUAGGUGUCCAGAAAAUGGUAGCUCCUUUCUUCUAGCUGCUUCCUAAGCCAAACCCAUGGGACUCGCUGGCCAGGGUACCUCAGGUCAGCUCUGCCCUUGGGAGACUUGGCUGAGGUCCCGGGUGGCUUCCGCCUGUGCUCUGCCCAACUGUUAGGACAAGGGAGUGGGAAGUGGAGGGACCUGGCAUCCCAACCGGAGGCUCCCUGGGGGCAGCAGGGCCUGGGACAGGAGAUGGGCUUCCCCACUCACUCUGGACCACCCACCUCUCUUCCCUGGGCCUCGUCUGAUCAGGGAGGGCUUCCUCACACUGAUAAUCUCUGAAGAUUCUUCCUGUGCUUUUUGUUUUUCAGUGAAUCUUUUAGGUGCCCAACUUUGCUCUUUCUAUUACAAAGAACCUGCAGCCUGCAAGUUCUUUCUGCUUAAAGGCUAGAAAUAACAAUGAUGAAAACGAAUUAAUCAUUCCAGGAGUCCCCAGUUGUUGAAUGAUAAAACAUUAUCAUUGAUUUUCAUUAUAACCCUGAGGGAAAAAUUCUUAUGCCCAUUUUAUAGCUGAGGAAACUGAGACUCAGAGCGGUUAGGUGGCUUGCCUAUGGUCACACUGAGACACAGGAAAUUGGACCCCCAAACUCUGACUCCACACCGGCAUUCUUUCCCUUGCUCACCCCUCCUGCAUUUCCCUUCUCUGCCUGGGCUCACAGACCAUCCCUGCUGCCAAAAACGGCCUGUUCUGACUGAGUUUUAGCCUCUGGAGAAUGGCCUGGUCCCGGAGUAUGCGGUCAUCAACCUCGCAGCACCCACAAGGCCUUGUGCCAGCCUGAAGUCCUCCGCCAGCCCCUACACGGACAUCCAGUGCCUAAGCCAGGUGCAGACAGAAGGCCCUGGUGGCCUGCAGCCAUCCACCCCCUCGUAAUCACAG